AUAUUUUGUAGUGCGUCAUUUGCGCAAAAAUUGUCGACGUUGGUACAUGAUAUCUGCGUAAUAUUUAGUUCUUGGUCAAUUUUUUUGUUAAUAUUUUCAUAAAAUGGGUCCCAAACAAGGAAAUUAUUGCUAUACACUAAUCUCACUAAUUUGUUUGGCACUAUUUAUCACAAUUUCACCCGUUUCUCCAACCUCGGGACAAAAUUCGAUGGUGAUUGAAAGCAAGACGAAUGAAACGCAGCGAAUCUCGAUCCUCGUUGGGAAAUCCUCCGACACUGACAUCGGCCCCAUGGCGGAUGGCGACCCUCCCGCAGAAGGCGACGAGGACGGAAAUAUCGUCGACCAAGCUCCUUCUACAGGGUGGGACUAUUGCCAAAUGGGAAAUCGGUGCUGCUACCAAUUUACGUGGCAAGGAUACGUACAAGAGGUCCCGACUGAAGCUGCCAAUACGACGUGCGAAUAUCUACGUGCUGAAAAGAAGGCUCCGGACAUGGCGUGCUUCGACCCCAUCGUUUACACGAGGCCAGACGAAGGAAGCAACAUAGCGAAUGGCCGGGGUCCCGACGUCGUUAGAUUACGAAACGACGCUCAAGAGAAUAAUUGGAACAUUUUCUGUCCCUUGACAGACGACAAGAUUUGUCUCACCCUCAAAUAUUUUUCUCGGGGAGCAGGAAAUCAAGUCGCAAACGAGACUCGAUUUUGCGGCUCGGUCACGGAAACAAUUACUGGUCAAAAAAAGUCGUCCGGUUGUUGGAAGGAGAAUGCGCCUGGCUACAUUCGUGAAGUUUGUGCGUGCACGAAUUCGUUAUGCAACACGGGGUCACCAAGGUCAUUGGGGUCAUCUUCCUUAUCAUGGCUUCUUGUGGUCGUUUCCCUUAUCCUGAGAAUGAUAUCUUCACAAUCGGAUGUUUAGCAUAUCUAAAAAAUUUCGCCAAGAGUUUUUGACGUUUUUUUUAAAUUGACCUCAAAACAUAAUCAAAAUUGAUGUCUUUGUCGAAUUUCUUAAUAUCCUGGUCGCAUUGAUUAUGCAAAUUAAUUACAGCUAAACUUAUCUGUAAUGUUAUGUAAUAUUUUAAUAUUUAUUAAAUUCUCAAAACACAGAAAUUGAUUAUUCGCGUCACAAUAGGUUAGUCAUGUAGCUUAUCUUAUUUACUCAUCGUCAUCAUAAUCACAUCACGACCGGAAUAUUUUUAACAGUUAAUUUUUCGUGUUAUAAUCAUAAUCUUGUCGUUAAUUAACUAAACUAUGCUAUUGUAUUUAUUUAUGCAGUAAUCACAUUAACUACGUAAUGUACUUUUGGAACUAGAUUUUUGGUAUGAUAACAAAUAACAAGAAACAACGUUACAAACAUUACGAACGGAACGUUAACAAGUUAUCUAUAAUUAAGUAAACAGCUUAAUUAAAAUGCUCAAUAAAUUAACCAGCAAGUUAAUCG